GUGUGUGUCCUGACGAGUCCGCCUGUUGUAAUUUGGAUGGUCUUGACAUUGUUUUCUGCCCGUUCUCUUUGUACCAUUUAUAUGAUCAUAAACGAAUUGAGAUGGACAGGUCUGUAGAUUUGGUUGAACUUGUGGGGUCAUCCUCAACCACGUUGGUUGUUUCCCCCCGUCUUUAUCAAAAUGAUUCUAUUUAUGACCCAAGUCUCUGUGACAUAGUCCUUAGAACGAACAGCUGUGUCAUCUUUGCCAUCGUAGUCUUCUGGGGCCUGGAACCACACAUCUUCUGCUCGGUGACUUUGAAUAAGCUUUCUGACAAGUCGGUGUCUUAUCCUCUCUGAAUACGGCUCUGUACUUUCUAGAGCUGAAACGAUACACCCCCUUCACGAUACGAUACGUAUUGCAAUGUGUAUGCCACGAUUCAACAAAGUUCAGUUACCAAACAUCAGAAAUUUAAUCUAAUAACUAGUGCUUCAAGAACUAGGAUAAUAAUUUGCAACAGUCUGAAAAAUAAUCUUUAAAACAAUUAAUUACGAAGAUUCACAGUCACAAUUUUAGAAGCUUAAUGUUUCCGAACCGCCGAACUAAUACGCAAUUUCCUAGAUAUCAGCUUUUUGUGAUGGAGGUAGUGGUACGUAGAAUUCUGUUGAACGUUUGGGUGGGUACAAGAUGCAUACAUAUAUUAUAGACUGGUUAUGGAAAUAAGGAUACGUUAUGAAAGCGUAAUUCUAAUUUAUAUCAGCCGUUGGUAUACAUUAAACUGACCAUAUCAAGAAUAAUUUGUUUGAAUAGGCCAUUGAAUUAAACAUGAAAUAAUUCUUUAUUUCCUCUUUUACACGAGUGAUACUUUAAUCAAAGAUAUUUGGUGAUUAUCGAGUUUUGUUUGGGCUAUUUUAUUAUCAAAUACUCAUAAACUUACAACUUUGUGUGUUUCUGCAGUUCGGGUGGUUGCAUGACGUCUGGUAAUCAUCCUUCAGGCAAUAUAUGAACGCAGCGAUAAGCAUUUGUCCCCACCGCGUGAAUACGAAAACAUAGUUUGCGUCUCAUCGUGCGUAAGAGUUCAACAAAGGGUAAUAACUAUUGGGAAACUUGGAAAUUGCGUAAACUAAAGUUCAUUGUUGUUUUUGUCAGUCUCGAGGCUAAAAUAGUCUGAUCAUUAUCGGACCCCACUGUUGAUGUUGUUCGUAUAGUCCACCUCUGGGUAGGUGCACCUAGACGAUCUAGAGUAAAAAGCGUGGUGAGGGUAUCCCUCGUGUAUGUAUAAAUAAUAAGUACAGGUCAAGCCCGAUGUAUUUUACCGAACCCAAUUUAAAGAACCGAUGAUCUAGGCAACGAAUGGAGCAUUGAAUCGAGCAUUUAUAUUAAACAGUAUCGAUAUUUUGGUGAAUCGUUCAGUCCUAAGAAAGAAAUAGAAAAACAGACAAGUUACCCCUCCAUUAAUCCUAGCUGCAACAUUUAUGCUAAGGCUAAUUAAUCAAUCAUAUAUCCAAUUAAAAAAGACCAUUCCAAUCAUACACGUAUUUUAUUUAUCUGUAAUUUCAGCUACAUGGAGUUAUCAUUUAUACCUUAAAAGUUUUGUAUUGUUAAUUGAUGAAAGUUUUUAUUUGUUAUUAACUAUUAUUCUUGAAAUAUUUGAUCUCCAUUUAUUUAUCUUUACCUGUUUAUGUUUCUGAUUAUUUAUUUGAGUAUGCAUUUAAUAUGGAGAUAAAUGAUUCGUUGUAGUUAUAGAAAUAUAGACUUUACACAAGUAAUCGCUCAGGUGUAAAAUACAUGCAUAACGUUGACCAAGAGAGAAAUAAAAAAAUAUUAAAUGAAGUCCAACCAUUCAUUUCUUCCAUGCGUAUGUUUCAUGGUUAGUGUUUUUAGAACAAUUUGGGGUAACUGUCAUAUUGCAAUUCGCUGGGUGGGUGUAAAUACAAAAACAAAAAAUUGUCAUAUUGGAAUUUCUUCAUUCAUAUCCUCAUAGAAAAUUAGAAUGGAUGCCACAUCAUUCCGUCUGCUGAACUUUAAAUUGGUGCGUAGCACUUCAGCCCUAUACUACAGAUUAAAUAUGCUUUGGCUUUAAAAGGGACAGCUGCUACCAUAUGUACUCAUCUAUUGAGAUGUACAACUAAGAAUAUCCUAUUCUUUUCAAUUUUUGGUUAUAUUGUGUACAUAAUGUGUUUUUCCCCUUUUUUCUUUCUUUGUAAGUACAUGUAUUUGUAAUUAUAUUGAUGUAAAUGUAUUUUCUUCAUAAUCUUCUACGGGAGGAAAUAAAGUAUGAAUGAAUGAAUGAAUGAGGAAUGUAUGGACAAUUAUUUCAAAUUGACCUGGUCAAGCAGAGUGGAUCACAACCGAUUAUUGUUAACAUUCUUUCCGCUUCAGCUGCGUUUCUUUUGUACUGGGUAGGUGAUUAUUGGCAUAGUCUGGCAUGCAUUUACCUAGACCUUUAAAGUUAUAUAACUUCAUUCUGUCAGUCAGUUCAUGAGAAUCAGUUCAGUUUAUUUCACUCAAACCAUGGAAUGGUAUAUGCAUUUACAUAUAUAUGCAAUAACAUAUGGACCAAACAAAGAAAAUCAGGAGAACAGACAAUAUGAUUAAUUUUUGUAAUGAACAUGCAGUACUUUCUUAGAGAUACAAAAAUCUCUAGGAGAUUUAAGUUUACAAAAUUGUUUAGUUUUUGAUUCAGAGCAGUAUUCUAUUUUGAAAAAUUCGCUGCGUAAUUUGUAAAAUGCUUUGCAUUCCAGAAUAUAAUGAAAUUCACCUCCAAUUUGGUUACAAUUGCAUAAUCUACAAUAGCGUUCAUUUCUUUGAAUACUACUCCAUCUGCCCACUUGGACAGAAAAGUGGUGGCUUGUUGUUCAAAAUCUAACAACGAUUUUCAGAAAUUUCUUGGUAACAAAGUUAAAUACUCCCCACACUGUUUCUUUUUACUCCUGUAAAUCACACUUAUUGAUGACUAAGAGAUAUUAUCGUUUCAUUUUUUGGUAACAAUUGAUCUCGCAGAACCCAUGUGUUCUUCAAAUGGUAGGAACCUAUCUGGGGAAAAUUAUGUUAAUGGCUGGGAAUCUCUGCGCAAGAUAUGAUAAUAUUUAAAAUGAAUUUUACAUUUUGUUUUUCCUUUUUCAAGAGAGUUAAACAUUGAGUGUAUUGAGUGUCUACAAUGAAAACAAAAAUAACCCCAACAACAUCACAAUGACUAAAAAUGAUAGUGAUCAUAUCUAGAUGCGGGACUGCAAUUGUAUCAUUAUACUGUUCUUCUCUCCCAUAAAAAUACCCCCGAGAUACAGAUCUCCAAUACCUGAUUUAACUAGAUCUCCUAAGAAAUAAUUUUACCUUUAUGAAUAAAUGAAAAUAUUUGUGGACUACAGUUUUACACUGACUAAGAAAAGCGAGGUGACGUAAGAGCACGCUGCUUUCACGUAAUCCAGGACCAGUAGGGGCUUUAAGUUUUAUCGUUUUCUCUCCCAAUUUGUCUUCUUAUUCCUGGGAAAUUCCAACUUUGUCCCCAUUGUUACGGAAGACACCAGCUUUGUCCCUUUUAUUCAGGGAAGAUAAUACUUUCUUUGUUCAGGGAAGGUGCCUCCCGUGCCCCCGUUAUUCAGGGAAGAUGUCCCCUGUGCCCCCCAUUAUUCAGGAAAAACACCUCCUUUGUUCUUUUUAUUCAGGGAAUAUAUCCCCAUUAUUCAGAGAAUAAUGCCCAGGUAAGGGCCACAAAAGGCUUCUGAUGUUUUUACUAAUGAAUGUAUGAGAAAAAAUGUUCGAAAUCAUCUCGAGAACAAUUUGUAGGAAUUUAAAAACCUUUUGAAUGCAUCCACAUAUUGCAGAACUAUUAUUUAAAUGAUCCCCUCAGAAAUAUACAUGUACAGAAAAAUGUUAAGAAUAUCAGGGCUACUGUUUGUCAAAAUGGGUUGUACAAUAGUUGCUAUAUUGUUUCAUCCCAAUCAAUACUUUUGAAUUCCUUAUUAAAACCUCGGAAGUGAGCCAUGUUAAAAUUUUGAACAACACGUUUAUAUAAGCGUGUUGCUUGUAUGUUGUAAACAAUAUCUGUGUUGUGGCAGGGGAAUGUUAACUACUGAUAGGUGGAUCAACACUUACAGAUUCAACCUUAUUUACAUCAUUUGUAAGAACAAGAUCAAUACACGUACCACUGAUUGUUGUAAAAUUUGUAGAUUUAUGUAUACCAUAUUACUACUGUUGAGCACAGGGGCUAAGCCCGUUUUGGGCCCGAACCAUGUGAUACCAUAAAUAAUUUAUGGUAUCACAGGGUUCGGGCCCAAAACGGGAUUAGCCCCUGUGAUGUUGAGCCUUUGUAAGAGACAUUUGAAGAAAUGAUUGCAAGGAGUGAGGAUAUCUAUACUGAAGUCACCUACUAAAACAUUGUAUCAAUAUCCAAGACUUUUCCCGCAGAGUAGGGGAACUUAUCCCAAUAUUCAGAAUUUAAGUUUGGUGGUCUGUAUAUUACACAAAUCAAGAUUUUUUCCUUUUGUGAAAGGACAUCAAUCCAUUGUUAUCAACUCAGAAUGUAAAGGCCAGGGGCGGAUCCAGGAAUUGUAAAUGUAAAGGGAUUAAUUCAGCUUUUAUCGACACAAAAUGUAAAGGGAUUAAUUCAGCUUUUAUCGACACAGAAUGUAAAGGCAUUAUGUAACUUGGGUAAAUUAUUGAGAAUUCCUUUCAAAUUAGAAAUACCAAAGUACAAGCACGAUUUCUAUUCUUUCUAGACCUUUAUAUGAUUUUAGAUUUAUUACAUUGUAUACUAUGUCUAUAAGCUGUAUUUGCUUUUGACUAAUAAACAACAUAACAUAUAUUAGUACAAUAGGUAUUUCAAUUUCUGGAUGUGCAAGAUCAUGUCUGAUGUUGAACUUAAGCUUUUGAGAUACAUAAAGGGCUAAUCCACCGCCUGACCUGGUAGAAAAGGAGAGAAACCAUCACAAGGUCUUCACUACUGACAGACUAAAUGUGUUUCUGUAACUGUGAUAGUGUCAUUGGUUGAUAGUUCACUUAUUAUAUCAAUUCUUGGGAAGUAGAACACAGAAGUUGUUACACAUGUACAAUAAUUACAUAUUUAGAAAAUUAUUGGGGACCUGGGUUAUAUUCAACACAACCGCGUUAAAGUAAUAUGUGUAAAAUAGCAAAAAAAAUUAGUGAUGCUCUUUUAAAGAAAUGAAGAGCAAGCAAUGCUGAUAUUUAAAACCAUAUGAGUAGAUUUAUAUCGAUAGAUAUAACUAAUAUUAUGCAUUUGUAAAGGAGUGUCAUUUGAUGACUGUAAAAACACCAUCUAUAUACAUGUACCAUUUUGCAGGAUCAAGUAAGAAAUGAAAUAGGUUUAUACAUGUAGUAUGAAAGAAAGAUCAUAAAAAAUAAACAGAUGAAUAAAAAAUAAACAGAUGGGGAGAAAAUAGGAGAACAAACAUAUAUACACAGAAGAAGACAGAUCAAACAAACGUAUAAACACAAAAGAAGUUUAUUGUCCUCCAAGACAGCAACUAUUUCCCGAGGCGCGGUCGAGGGGAACAAUAAACUUGCUAUUGUCCAAAUAGUCAGUAAAUAGGUGUUUUAUUAUAGACUUUACUUGUGUCAGACAUACCAUAUUAGGUUUUCAAAAUAUUUUGACGUCUACCAUUUAAACAUUUUCUUCACAUUUCUUUAUUAUAUUUACUGCAUGCUAAGCGACAAGGCAACACUAUAAGUUUGGUAUAAAGAGGGUCCAUAAUAUACAUUUACCAUCUUUGCUAGCCAUGGGUGACGUUCCACGGUGUUUCUCUUUACCGUGGAGCGUCACCCUUGGCUAGUAAAGAUGAUGUUAUACAGAAACAGAUCAAUAUCAAACGUAGUGUUUACCUUACAUAGAUACGAAUUCUUUAUGGAAUCAUUUAUGAUAUUCGAGAGAGCAUGCGCAAGUACCUCUCAAAGCGUAUGAAUACCCAAGAUCCUAGGAACGUAGCAGGUCAUACGGUCUUGAAUCGUUUAUAAUUACUUUGACAGGACUGUAUGUAAUAACCCCGUUGUGAUCCAAGAAGAUGACCAUUUUCCCUGAUUUCCGAAGAAGAAAUGGAGUGAUAAAAUACGCAUUAUUGUUGAUAUUAUUAAUCACAGGACUACUGGCAUUGAACGAAUUUCGUCGAGGUAAUUUGAGUGAGACGUUUUCAAACUCUAUGUCUUAUCAACAAACAUAUCAUGAACCUCCACCAAGUAUGUUAACUGAAUUGGGAAAAAUUAAGUCCAUUCGUGCGAGCUGUGGAACUUUAUGUGAUACUUCCAGACCAGGCACUCCUGGUCCAUAUUUUAAUCAUGUGACGGCUCCAAUAAAUUGCAAGGCUAUUUAUCGGAAUCCAUACAUUGAUGAAGGUCAUACAUUCAAAGUUCCUCCUAAAGAAAUCCCUCCAGAACUUUGGAAUGACUUUACGAUGGGUAACAGGUUAACUGUUUCUGCUUGGUAUUUCAACCAGAUAUAUUUAGGAUCCAAAGCUAGGUCUCCUGUCUGGUCAAAAGAAGGGAUUGACCAGAUGGUAAGGCAAGCAGCAAGAGGUGCACUAGGGGGGAACUAUGGUGCCUCAGAGACAAACGCAUUGAGGGAUGGAAUGGAUCAUGCCCCAGGAAUUAAGAAUGGACGUGUAUUAGUAAUUGGUUCAGAAAAUCCUUGGCUUGAGGCGACAGUUCUUGAAAAAGGUGCAAAAGAAGUCGUGACCUUAGAAUACGGCAGAAUAGAAUCAAGGCAUCCAAAAGUAAAAACGAUGGUUCCAUCUGAAUUCAGUGAGAGCUUUAUGAAUGGUUCACUUGGUUUAUUUGACGCAGUUGUUACUUUUAGCUCAGUAGAACAUUCCGGACUUGGGCGAUAUGGCGAUAGACUGAAUCCAUGGGGUGAUAUAAUAGCAAUUGCACGUGCAUGGUGUGUAACAAAAGUAGGUGGAUCAUUGACCAUAGGAGUCUUGUACGAUAAUGAGAAAGAUUAUAUUCAAUAUAAUGCACACAGAUGUUAUGGGAAAAUAAGAUUCCCUUACUUGUGUACAAAUUGGAAGCAACACUACAGAGGUUCAGGGAUUCAAAGAGUUCAUGUUUUUACCAAAGUGGACCCUAAGUUUUAGUUAUCGCAUUCAAAAUAUUGGGGUUCUAAUUGAUAACAAUUAUAUCUAAUCAAGGUACUAAUGAAAGCUUAUAUCGCAAUAUUCGUGAUACAUAACAAAAACGCACAAAAUCCCCAGAAAAAAAAAAUUCAGGAAGAAGGACGAAAUACAAUUAAAGUCUACUUCUUUUAUUUUCACGUCACUUAUGUUGAAGUAUCUGUUAUAUUGCGGCAACUUCUUACUAUUUGUAUAUCAAUCUAACUAUCUCACCUGCAUAAGGUGUGUAUGUAUUAAAACUUUGAUACACUAGA